GCCGGUCCCGAGAGAGAUCUGUCCCCGAGUCUGUCUCCUGGAUAACGCCGACCGAUUCCGCCCGCCGUGAGGGAGAGGCCACGCACCGAGCCCUCGCCUAGCAGUGCUCGAGUCACCCACGGCCCACUGUAGCACAUUAAAAUAACACCGAGCGCUCUCGGUGCUCUUGAAAAUCAAUCUAAAAGUGGCUCGCCCCGUGGCGACAUCUCGCGGUGCGCGCGCCGACCUCUACGCCGGCGCGAGUCGGUAAGAUCGCGCCCAGUUUUAUCUGGUUUCCAGGCACGAGAAAGACCGACAGAGUUUGGAGCGUACGUUAUACGUGUGAAAUAGUUUCUGGGAAAUAUCGGCAGAGGACUACGAUUCAGCAUGGAGGGAAAUUGCGGGACUUGGGAAUUUCUGGAACUCUCUGUUUUAGGGACUUUUGAAUUCGGUACUGUGGCGGGAGUGGUGCGGCAGAGAGGAAUUGUAACGGUUUGGAAAGUUUCUGGUACGGGGAAUUAGUGAAAAUGGAGGAAAAUCAGAAGGAUGAGAACUCGGUGACGAUGCUGGAUGUCCUGCGGGAGGAGAAUCAGCUAGAAGAAGGUGCAAGAGCGGUCUUGGGGGCCUCGGACGACCGACACUGUACCUAUGAAAAGGGUUAUAUCAGACAGGCACUUUACGCCUGCAAAACCUGUCAUCGCGAACGACGAGCUGCCAUCUGCCUGGCCUGUAGCUUCCACUGCCAUGAGGGUCACGAACUGGUUGAAUUAUACACUAAAAGACAUUUCCGAUGCGACUGUGGAAAUUCCAGCUUCACCGACAAAAAGUGCUCUCUCGAUCCGACAAAGGCACCCAUUAACGAGGAAAAUAAAUAUGAUCAAAACUUUGAUGGAGUUUACUGUAUCUGCUCGAGACCGUAUCCCGAUCCGGACAGUUCGGAUAGCGAUGAAAUGAUCCAGUGCGUCAUCUGUGAAGAUUGGUAUCAUUCCAAGCAUUUGGAUAUUGAGGAAGGCCCACCCGAUUACGACGAUUACGAUGAAAUGGUAUGCACUGGGUGUAUGAAGAAACACGACUUUCUGUGGAAAUAUGCUGCGUCGCAUUCGGUACGGAGAGCUGCCAAGGAGUCGCCAGAAGGCAAAGAAGCUACGGUAGAUGUCGAGACUCCAGCCGAUGACUGCGUCAUGCCUCCAAUGCCACAUAAGGGCCUCCAAAAAGAAAGCAGCUGUUUUUGGAAGGAAGGCUGGAGAUCAGCCCUGUGCACCUGUCGCCAAUGCAAGACGAUGUACGAGGAAAAGGGUAUUGCAUUCCUCUUGGACUCCAAGGAUAGCGUUCGAGUGUACGAAGAAGCUGGAAAGGCUGACACAAGGGAGUCGCAGUACGAAAGAGGCAUGAAAGCUCUGGCAUCGUUGGAUCGUGUUCAACAGGUGAAUGCAAUCGAAGAGUACAACAACAUGAAAGAACGACUGAAACAGUAUCUACAAAAAUUCGCGGAGAACAAGAAGGUCGUCCGUGAGGAGGACAUCAAGGAGUUCUUCAUGGAGAUGGAAGCGAAGAAGCGCCCGAAAGUGUCCGUUCCGAAAUUUUGUCGCUGAAAGCGCGCGAACUGAAAAUCCAGGAAUCGCGCAUUUCUACUGUUCGCGAUCUCGACUCGAUCUUUGAAAAUACAAGAAUCUCCUUUACCUCAUUCCUCGACACGCGACGAUGUGACGUUCUUGUUGGGAAUUGCCAACGUUACGUACCAAUUAACGGUGCCGUUCGCGUCACUCGGAAUGACGAUCGGGGAACCUAACGAAGCAUUCCAGUCAAAAUCGCAGUUGUAUAAUUUUCGAAUACCAGCGUGCGCAAUCGUUCGAAAAAAAAUAAAAUAAACUGUUCCAGUGGUGACGUCUAUUAUCGUCGAACGCCAUUACACUACGUGUCGGUUCUUAAAUAAGCACGACGUUAUAUCAAGAUCGCAUUACAUUGUCCAACCUUCGAAAUAAAUGCCAAGAAUCAUC